AUGUCUGCCAAAACAUACAAUGUGGGGGUUAUCGGCUAUGGGAUGAGCGCAAAGGUUUUUCAUAUCCCUUUCAUCAGCGCACUCCCGGAGUUCAAUCUAUAUGCGAUUGUGCAAAGAACCCCGUCAGCUUCAGAUGACGCCCAGAAGGACCAUCCGGACAGCAAGGUCUACCGAAGUGUCGAGGAAUUGGUGAAAGACGCCGCCGUCGAUGUGGUGGUCGUCACAACCACUCCGGACAGCCAUUUCUCCUUGGCAAAGCAGGCUCUGGAGGCAAGAAAGCAUGUCAUUGUCGAGAAGCCUUUUACUCCAACCCAGAAAGAAGCAGAUGCGCUGAUAGAGCUAGCGAAGACGCAGAAUAAGCUACUUACCGUUUAUCAAAACCGACGAUGGGAUGCGGACUUCGUGACUGCUGCAAAGCUCAUCAAGGAUGGCUCCCUUGGCCGUGUGGUCGAGUUCGAGACUCACUUUGAUCGCCAUCGCCCGGAAUUGACGAUCAAGAAAGCAUGGAAAGGGAAAGCCAUCCCAGGCGGUGGCUCCAUCUAUGACCUGGGAACUCAUCUCAUAGAUCAGGCAGUCCACCUGUUCGGCCUCCCAAAUAAAAUCACCGGCUUCAUCACCGCCCAGCGUGAAAUCAACACAGAAGAUUACGAGGACUCCUUCACAGUUCUGCUCCACUACGACAGGCUGUUGGUUACAGCUAAGAGUGCCGUCAUAAGCCCUGAAGAGAAGCAGCUACGGUUCUGGAUUAGGGGUGAGAAAGGCAGCUUUAAAAAGUAUCAUCUCGACCCUCAAGAAGACCAACUACAAGCUGGUAUAGAGCUGAAAGAUGCACAGUAUGGCUGCGAGCCCAGUGAUAGGCAUGGUAUCCUUACAACUUCUGCCGACGGAAAGUUCUCCUCAAUGGUCAUCCAGCCAGAGCCACCAACGUAUAAGGAGUUUUACCGUUUAUUCGCAAAAGCACUCUCUGGUCAAGGACAAGUUCCUGUGAAUCCAGCUGACUCGAGCACUGUCAUCCACUUAGUGGAGCUCGCAAAGGAGAGCUCCAAAAGGGGAAUGUCGCUUCCUAUCUUGAAAAGUUAG